AUGAACCAUAUAAAACUAGUUGGUACUCGAUUACCAAUAUCUGCAAAUAAUUAUAUAUUUAUACGCAGUCUAGCUGACCGUACACACUACAGGAGAUACUCAACAGAUAAAAGUUUGCAAAAGCAGGAACCAAAAAUAGCAACAUGUGCCGAAAGCAAAGGGGAAACUAAUAUAAAUACAGUCGAAUUUAAAAAGAAAGAAGAUAGAUUUACCCCCUGGUAUUUAAAAUUAGGAAAUUUAGGUGAUGACGGUAAACUUGAGGUGGCGAGAAAUAGGGUGGAUAAUGUGAAUACAAGAAAUAUCAUUAAAUAUCCAAAAGAUUCCCCAAAUUCUUUGGUAGAAAUUUGUAAAUAUUUGGAUGAGAAGUUGGAAUUAUCCAAUAUAUUAAUAUUUGACAUGCAAAGUCAAAUUGGGGGUUAUAAUAAUCCAAAUAUUGAUACUUAUACCAGAUAUAUGAUCAUCUGUAGUGGUAAAUCAAACAAGCACUGUCAUGAAGUGUCCGAACUGAUUCGAAGAUUUAUAAAGAAUAAUUUUAGCAUUUCACCAUAUAUUGAGGGUAUGGUGAAUGCUACUCAGGUAAGGAGAGAUAUUAGGAGGUUAAAUAGAAAUCCAAGAUUAAGUAAGAGAAGUUCUUUAAGCUCUCAAUUAAAUAACAAAAAUGAAGAUUGGAUUUUGAUCGAUAGUAAAGUAGAUGGAAUAUUUAUUAAUGUAUUAACAAAAGAGAGGAGAGAGAUAAUGAAUCUUGAAGAGCUAUACGCACCGGAGAAUGAAAAAUUUAAGUAUCUGCCCGAUAAUAAUGAGGAUCCAGGUUUAUUAUCAAAUUCCUUGGAUUCAAAUUUGACUGGGCUAGCUAAAAUUGCAUUCCAAAAUCGACGUUAUUCAACCAUUUCUAUUAAUAAAGAUAAGGCAAUUUCUCAGUCGUUAUUUGAACAGCAACUUAGGAAGCUUUUAUUCAGUGGGAAGACUACUACCGCUAAACUUCUUAUCCAUAAUCAAACUUAUUUAUCAAAAAAAUCAAUUCUAGAAAUUUUCUUACAAAUCGUAUAUUCCAUGAAAAGUGAUAAGCUUGCAUCCAAUAUCGCACUACUACAGAUAUUUGAUAGUAUAUGUGGUAAUGAAGCUAGCCAAUUUGAAAAUGAAAGACUGAUUUUUGUAAAGGUUUUGAGCUUGAUACAGGGUGGUCUUUUAGGUAUAAAUUUUUUUAUCAAGAAUUAUAUUGAAUGGAAAGUACUACAUUUUAAAGACUUCAAAAUUACUGAUUCACUAUUUACUGAUUAUUUAAAAGUUUUUAACAUGUGCAUACAAUCAAUAAAAUCCACUCCCAGUAUUGAAAAAAGUAAUAUCCGUUCUGAAUUGGAGAAAAUUAAUAACGUAACUAUGAACUUAAUCCAAAAUUAUAAUAUUGGAUUAAGUCGUGAGUCUUCCUUACUUAUUAUAAAUAAUAUGUAUAUUGAUCAAGAUAUCAAAUUAGCAACUGUUCAUUCUAUGGUUGAUUUACUCGUUCAAGAUAUCACCGAAAAUAGUACUGUGUUAACACCUUUAGACAGGGAAUCUCAAUUAAAAGAGAUAUUUAAUAUACUCUUUGCCAUCAAAUCAUGGAACAGAAUAUUUUAUUUGUGGAACCACUUAUCACCUAAAAAUGUUGGAGACCUUGAUAGAAGAGAUUGGAGUUGGUUUAUCCAAAAAAUAGUUGACACAAAUGAUCCAAAUAUUAUUCAGAAAUUUGCCAUUGAAGAUAUGCUAUGGCUAGUCCGUUUUAAAACUAAUGGUACCAUAUCUGCUGACAGAAUUUUAGUAGAACAAAUUGAAAAAUUGUAUUCUAAGUUAGAUUCCGAUAAAGUAAAUGAUUAUUCAUUUAUUAAAAAGUACAUAUUAUCAGUCUAA